CGUAAAAGAUUUUUUUAACAAUGAUGCAAGGGAUGCAACUGUUGCAAGUGCGAGAAAACUUGUAAAAGCUUUGCGCACACCGACGUUCAGACUAGCAAUUUCAACUACAGCGCUACCUCUGCCUGUCAUUGAUGUGCCCACCAGAUGGAGUUCAACUUUUGAAAUGCUAAGAAGUGUAUGCAUAUACGAGGAGUUCAUCCGGUAACACUUGCCUGAAAACCUUCAGCUUUCAAAGAAGCAAUGGGCUGACAUCAAAGUUCUAUUGUCUGUGCUGGAGCCGAUAUCAGAAGCCACUAAAAAGUUGCAAAGCGAACAGCUUUUUUUUGGGGACUUCUACAAGCUUUUCCUAGAAACAAAAUUAAUGAUAAAGUCUAUGGUUAGCAACAUCCAUAGUGAGGAUCUAGCCAAAAGCUUGGAGAAGCGGGAAGAAAUACUGACAACAAAUGAGGUGAUUCUCUCGUCAAUUUAUUUGGAUCCCCGAAUUCGGCGGAUUCUUCUGAAGAAUCCACUUCAGCUGGCGGCAGCCAAAAAUCAUUUGGUAGGAUUGAUGCGCCAAAUACUUGCGCUAAAUAAAAAAGACAGCCAAACAAUUGAUAUAGAUACUUCGCCAGAAGCCUCACAGGCAACGUCGACUCAACCGGACGAUGGCCUUGAAAUAACAUCCCAAAGCACAUGUUCAUUUUUAAACGCCUAUUUGAACUCUAUUGAGGUUGCGUCUGACUGUGAAGAGUCUGAGGAAGAGGACGAACCGGAACUCAAAUUGGAUAUAACGGAGAUUUAUGGAUAUUCCCCAAAGCCAAUAGAUUUAAACGUGGAUAUUAUGUGCUAUUGGGAGGACAAAAAGUUCACAUAUCCACGAUUGUACCGUCUUGCCAAGAUAGUUCACUCGGUGCCUGCCAUGCAGGUUUCGGUGGAAAGGGCAUUUUCUGCGCUUAAGCUUGUGCUGACAGACAGUGCAGACUCUAUAAAAAAAAUAAUGUUCUUAAAACUAAAUAAAUAGUAAACUUAUACCAAGUGUUAUAUCUAUGGGAGCAGGGAAAGGUGACAAUAAUACGUAUAUAUACAUAUAAACAUAUGUA